AUGGGUUCUUCAAACCAGGAGCUGCAGCUCAAGGGAGCUAUAUCCCCCAUCCCUCUGCACACAGCACGGUUUCUGUCCCCUUUCUUUCUUGUUCCAAAGAAGGACCGGCAGUUGAGGCCAGUCCUGAAUCUCAAGCAGCUCAACCUGUUCAUUCACCACGAACAUUUCAAGAUGGAGGGCUGGGACACCGUGAAGGAUCUGUUACUUCAGGGAGAUUAUCUGGUUCGCAUCGACCUGAAGGAUGCCUACUUGUCAGUUCCUAUAGCCAAGCGGGACAGACCUUGGCUCUGCUUCCUGCAUCAGGGGAGGUGUUACCAAUGGAACGUUCUCCCUUUUGGCCUCUGCUCGGCACCGCGGGUGUUCACCAAGAUUAUGAAACCUAUAGUUGCCCAUCUAAGGUCUCAGGGGAUUCGGCUGGUAAUAUUCUUAGACGACAUCCUCCUCAUGGACCAAUCACCUGGUCGUUUGAGGUCCUCCAUGCAGACAGUCGUAAAUCUGUUACAUUCUCUGGGCUUUGUGAUAAAUCAGACAAAAUCUCAUCUCACCCCAACUCGGACUCUCACCUUCUUGGGAUUCGAGAUCAUGACGGUACCAUUGGCACUCUGCCUCCCCGUCGACAAGAGGUUAGCAAUCAAACAGGAGAUAGAUUCCAUACUCGGAGAGAGCAUAGGUGUGAGGGCCCUAGCGAGCCUGAUAGGUCGUCUGAAUGCUACUUCUUUGGCCGUUCUGGCAGCUCCCCUACAUCUCAGGUCGCUCCAGUCUCUCUUGCAUCAGGCUUUACAGAUAGGCUCUUACGAGACCACAGUUACACUCUCCUCAGCAGCCAGGGAGGAUUUGGGGUGGUGGCGCACGGUCCUCCUGUCCCACCCCAGGCGCAGCUUGCACGAGAGUUCAGCCCUUCAGACCAUUCAAACAGACAGUUCUCUGCAAGGUUGGGGCGCUCACUCUCAGGGUCUCGUAGUUGGUCAGCAGUGGACCAACGAGCUAGCCCAGCUCCAUAUAAACGAGUUGGAGCUGAGAGCAGCAUUCUUGGGGCUCCAGGCUCUUGGGAGGCCAUCCGACCAGGGCUGCAUCCUACUGCAGCUCGACAACAGGGCAGCAGUGGCUGCUAUCAAUCGCAUGGGGAGCACUCGCUCCAGCAGUCUCAACAAAGUAGCCCUUCAGCUGUGGUCGUGGUGCCUGAAGCGAGGCCUAACGGUGCGUGCUCAACAUAUUCCCGGACGAUUGAAUGCGGUGGCAGACAGGGCCUCUCGUGUCCACUUCGACAACAGCAGUUGGAAACUUCAUGUUCCCACGUUUCAGAAGAUCGACAGCCUCUGGGGUCCUAUCAAGGUGGAUCUCUUCGCCGAUCUGUCGAACCAUCAAGUCCCACAUUAUUUCAGCUGGAAACCGGACCCAGGAGCAGCAGAGGUGGAUGCUUUCACCCAGAUCUGUGAAUCGAUGUCUCCGGAAAAUGUGCGAGACAGGCGGGGACCUCAUCUUGGUAGCCCCGACCUGGCCGUCGCAGCCAUGGUACCCCUCUCUGUUGCGUCUGGCUUGCGAAGAACCUCGACUCAUCCAACCCCUCCAGGAUCUUCUCCGCAAUCCGCAAGGUGUAUUUCACCCAUUGGUAGGCCACAGCCUUCGCCUAGCUGUGUGGAAGCUGACCAGCGACCCCCUUCGCAUUCGAGCCUUUCGGGAGAGGCUGCAGGGCUUAUCUCCGCGUCUUGGCGCAGAGGCACCCGGCUCGCCUACAAUUCCUGCUGGCGAAGGUGGGAUAGCUGGUGCAGUGCACGGUUGCUUGAUCCCUUUUCUCCCCCUUUGAAUACAGUCUUGAACUUCCUCGCGUACCUGCACUACCAGGAACAUUUAUCAUACAGGACCAUUAAUAGCUAUCGGUCAGCCCUUUCCCAAACUAUUGGUGUUUGCGAGGGCCAUCCUUUGGGAGAACACCCAGCGGUCACCCGGCUCCUGAAAGGAGUGUUUAACUUGAACCCCCCUCGUCCUCGUUACUCUGACAUGUGGCCGGUGGAGUCAGUUACUUCCUUCAUUUCUUCCUUAGGGGAAAAUGAUUCCCUACCUCUGCGCCUGCUAUCGUACAAGCUGGUUAUGCUUCUGGCUCUGGCUACUGCAGGGCGCUCAGCCGAUCUCUGUUUGCUGUCCAUGGAUGGCAUUAAGCGUCAGCCGACUGGCUGGGAACUGCGGCUUGACGGCUUACGGAAAACAUCACGGCCCUCUAAACCCUGGCCAUCCCUGUUCGUCCCGGCUCUGCUUCAGGAGCCCUCCCUCUGCCCAAUUCUGUGCCUACAAGCCUAUCUAACACGUACACUCACCCUCCGUACUGGAUGUUCCCGACUCCUCUUGACUACUCAGAAACCCCACAGACCUGCCUCUCGGGACACAAUCGCCAAUUGGCUGAAGCGCAUGUUACAGUCAGCGGGCAUUGACAUAUCCCGCUUCAAAGCGCACUCCACAAGGGGUGCAGCCACUUCCAGGGCGCUGGAAAAGGGGGUCCCUAUCUCUGAAAUUCUCGCGGUGGCUGACUGGUCGUCCGACACCACUUUUAACCGUUUCUACAGACGAGAUUUGGUCUCUAGAGCAAAUUUCGGCACGCAAGUUUUGUCCCGGGUGUGCACGCAGCUUUGAACAAGCAGUU